GGCUGGUGCUAAGAUAACAACAUAACGCCAGACUGGCGAUAACACAUUUGUAUGUCGUCUUGCGCCAGACGAUGACAACCUCGUCCUAGACGCUUCUCUGUGUGUUUGGCGUCGCCUUUCUUUUCUUUGGUUGCUGCCGGCCUCUUGAACUAGGGCAGAGCGCAGAUUGGCCCUGCAGGCUGGAGCCACUGAGAUUCGCCGACCGAGCCUGACAAACGAUAGAGAUGCUCUUCAACGUGUUGGUCCCGCUGCUUGGCCUCGUGGGCGCCGCCCUCGGCAUAGGGACCCUGACCGACGACGAUCUGCGCGGUCUACCAUCUCCCGGCGACGAUUUUGAUAUUCACAACGGAAAGCUCCUAGCUCCGAUCCUCAUACCGCGAGUGCCCGGCACCGAAGGGCAGAAGAAGACGCAGCAGCACUUUGUCGACUUCUUCACGGCCAACCUGCCAGAUUGGGAACUCAUAUGGCAGAACUCAACCUCCAAGACGCCGGCGACUGGCAACAAUGAAAUACCUUUCGCAAACAUCAUUCUGCGUCGCGAUCCUCCGGGGUAUCGGGAGGGAGAAGUCGGGAGGCUGACGCUGGUGGCGCAUUACGAUAGCAAGAUUGAACCCAAGGAUUUCAUUGGGGCGAUAGACAGCGCGGCGCCGUGCGCGAUGCUGAUGCACAUUGCGAGGAGCAUCGAUGGGGCGUUGAAGUCCAAGUGGGAUGCCAUGGCUGCGAGCGGCGACCUUGACGAUAACUUGGAGCCUGGUGUUGGGGUGCAGAUCCUGUUGCUGGACGGAGAGGAAGCUUUCGUGCGCUGGACGCAGACGGACUCGCUGUACGGCGCAAGAUCAUUGGCCGAGACGUGGGAGUCCGAGUUUCACCCUUCCAUGUCAACUUUCAGGACGCCUCUGCACUCCAUCAGCCUCUUUGUUCUCUUGGAUCUUCUCGGGUCGCCUAACCCUCGCGUGCCGUCCUACUUUUUAACCACCCACUGGGCUUACAAUAACAUGGCGGUACUAGAGAAGCGCAUGCGUGACCUAGGACUGCUUGAAUCCAACCCCAGCAGUCCGUUCCUACCAGACGCACAAAAGCGUGCCGAUCAGUUCGGCUAUGGAGGCAUUGAAGACGACCACAUUCCCUUCCUGAGAAGGGGCGUUGACAUCCUCCACUUGAUUCCCACUCCAUUUCCUGACGUGUGGCACACAAUGGCGGAUGAUGGCGAGCAUCUUGACAUGCCGACUGUGUCGGAUUGGACAAAGCUCGUCCUGGCAUUCACGGCAGAGUGGAUGGACUUAUCCGGACACUUCCCAAAGGCCGCUCCGAAGGAAAAGAGAAGCGAAACUACCACUGAAACCAGCAAGAAGACUGAAUUAUGACUACGUUGGGGGAAAGUUUUAUGAUCGGAUGUGAUUUGCCUGGUUGAUCACAGCGCUUGUAGACCACAGCCAGAAGAUAUGACUUAUUGCGGCCAGAUUUGUAACUAUCGCGAAGCUGGCAUUGACUGAGCACUGCCGUGUAUAUAUUGAUAGAUUUUACACAAAACAAGCAUCUACUUUUAUUCCUUCGC